AUGGACACGCCAACAGCAACAACUCCCUCUCCUUCCCACAACAUCCACACCCCUCCCACUCCCAAGCACGGCUACAGCGAUUCCUGGGAACCUUUUUCUCCGCGCAAGUCGGCUCGACUAUCAUCACAACAACAACAAACCUCGACUGCGCGAACUCCUUCUCCCACAUCAUCUUCCAAGCGCCAACCACAACAUCCUCGCUCCCCUCAGUCAUCAAGACGCGAUUUCAACGCCAUGUCUCCUGCCGCCUCUCCCAAGAAGAAGCGCUUUCCUGCCGUGGACUCGAUCCGACGCGCAUCUGGCCAGCUGACCGCCGAGAGCACCGCCAACGCCGCUGCAUCUCUGGGUCUGCACGGCAAGACUGAGUCGCGCCAGAACCGGGCGGCAAAUGCCGGCAUGCUCCCGACACCCUCCAAAACCCCGGCUCGGAAACAAACGUCCGCGCAGAAUGAGGCCAACAUUGCGGCAAUCGCACGGAAUCUUUUCCACGGUGAGGAGGAUGUGAUCCCCGACCACAGCACGCCCACCGCCAGCAAGAAGAAGCGCGCCAAGAAGUACACCGGUUUCUCCCUGGACAGCUUUACCGCCAUCGAGGAAGAGGAGCCGAUCCAGAUCUUCACCGACACUCGAGAGAGGAUUCCCGAGGUCGACAAGUCGCUCGACAACCCCUUCUAUGGCCAUGGUGCAGCACCUGCUCCCGAGCCCUCCAAGCGCCGGAGCAAGCGCAACCACGUCUCUAUUCCUGGCGAAGGUGCGCAGAGUGUGGACGAGGCCGUCCAUCGAGACGAUGGUCUAGUCUAUGUCUUCCGAGGAAAGAAGAUUUUCCGCAAGUUUGGGGACGAAGCCGAGGGCGCCGAGAGCGAUGUCGCAACCGAGGAAGCGAUCGAGUCGAGUCAGCCCAAACGCUUCACGCGAUCAUCCAUCAAACCUCGCCUGCUGUUCCCCACCAAGGGAAAAGCACCCGAAGAACUCGACGAGGAAGAGGCUGCGACCGACAUCGAGGAGGACCAGGUUCAAGACGAGCAAGAGGAGCUACCGCAGACGCCCGCUAAGCUUGCCACCAAAUUCCCUGGCACCCCGGAGGCUCCCAAGUUCGCGCCUGUCUCACCACCUUCUACUAUGCGCGCCACUCGAUCGGGUCACAAGGCCGCGGACGACCUGACGCCUGUCAAGGCCACUCGCGGCGGUUCUUCUAAGCGGAGUCCAUUCGAUGGCUGGCGCCGCUCCAAGAGCAGCACUGGAGGAGCUGGUCAGAAGCGAGCGGCUGCGGACCUGGGAUCUGUCGCCCCGGCCAAGCGCGCCCGCACUUCACAUACUCUGUAA